AAAAUUUAAUAAAUCUUUGUAACGAAUAUUGCGAAGAAUUCGAAAAUACUCUGAAUACUGAGUAUGCUGCCAUCUGGGAUGGCAUAGCAACCAAAAUAAACAAUAUUUAUCCAGCUCAAGUUACUAGCAGACAAUGCCAAGUCAAAUGGGCUGCGCUG